UACAUAGUCCUCGUCUCCGUAUCUUCGCAAAGAAUUGGCACUGUCUGACUACCAACUGUACUCCGUCACCACUCCCACACUAUAAUCUCAGGCAAUCCCAACCACGACGCGCCGCAAACCUUCCCGCGACAUGCCUCGCCAGGCCGACGAGGACCUGCUGGCCGAGCUUGACUCGCUGGGAGACCAACUGGCUGCCACCUCCAAGCCCACCGCAACCAAGAAGGGCGCCGCUGCCAAAGCAAAUACCGACGACGAAGAUGCCUUGGCCGGCCUGGAGGACCUUGUCAAGGCCAAGCCGGCCACAUCUCGACCCGCCACUCCUCGAUUGAGCUCCAGCACGACUAGCGCGACGAAUAAGAGUCCUAAGCGUACGGCAGAAUACACUCCUGCUACGACAUCGCAGGGUAGCAGCGAGCGAAACAGCAGUGAAGAUCGCGCACGAGUGAGCCAGACACAGGCGAGAGCUUCGGGCGAGGGCAGCCGCAGCUUUCACACGGCGCAAACACCGCAAGCCGAAGAAGCCAAGGCGCAGCAAGGAGGAGGAUGGUGGGGAAGUUGGGGCAGUAUUGCCAGCGCUGCCGUUAAGCAGGCUGAGACGCUGGCAAAGAACAUUCAGACGAACGAGGAAGCACAGAAAUGGGUGACACAGAUUCGACAGAACGCCAAUUUGGAAAACUUGCAACAUCUUGGCACCGACCUGCGUUCAAAGGGUCUCUCGUCCUUCACAUCAAUCAUCUCACAUAUCGCCCCGCCCAUAUCUGCUCAUGAACGUUUGCAGAUUCAUACCACUCACGACAUCCUCAACUAUCCUUCCCUGGAUCCACUGAUAUACAAUACUUUCUCUCGUGUUAUGAGCCAGGUCGAGGGCGGCGACUUGCUCGUCAUUCAACGUGGGACUGAAUCGAGAGGACGAAGCUCUUCUGAUCUGCAGGGCUACCGGGGCACUGUGCUUGGCACGGGGACAGCUGCGUGGUCAGACGGUCCUUGGUGGCGGGAAGAAGGGCGAAAACGCAGUUUGGGAACCGUUCCAGGUCUCAAGGAGGGCACCCGCCUGGCUCGUGUGCAAGCUGAGAGCUACGCCAAGGAGUUCUUUGACACCAAGGGAGGCGUUGAAGAAGCUGCGAAGCGAGCGACCGAAACCUUGUCUGAGUCCAAUCCCGUGAGGUCGAGCGACAUUUUCCUCGCAAUCCAGGCCGUCAGCUAUGCCGUGGAGAAAGACCUGUUCGCGGAAGACUCGCAAUCUGCUGCAAAGGCACAAGAAGCAGGUGUCGCCACUCCAAGUGAGAGCGACGAGGUUGUUGUCUUUGCAAUCUACCUCCACGAUCCUCUGCACAGCAUUUCUUUCCGCGGUCUGUCACAGCCAUUCCCUCAAAAGUGGGCUGAAUGGCUUGAUGCAGAACCCACAGUGGAAGGUGCUCUGCCAGAUAGCAUCCUCGAAAUCAUCCAGUCUGGGGGUGUCGAUCCUCGUGAGUGGGUUGCUGAAUGGAUGGAAGAGCUUCUGUCGACGGCCGUGGGCGUUGUGGCUCAGCAAUAUGUGGCCAAGCGCAUGGGAGUUGGCGAGGGUGGAAUUGGACGAGGCAAGCAGCGAGCCGAGGAGGAUGAGUCGGCAAUCAGUGGAGAAGCUGCACGAGCUAUCUGAGAGGCGCAGUGCGGAGUCCGGAAUGUACUUUUGGCGUUUGUUCAGCGAUAGGAUGGGUGGGAACUUGCAGAGCUGAGGUCACCUUUCGGCCAAGUUAUCAGGAAUAGGUCAGCAAAGAAGAGGCGUUUGACUGUUUCUGUUCCUCAUGUUAUCCGCACAUCUGAAGCUUGGGCGGAAAGUGCUGCAACUUCGAGAAAGCUGUAAUGAUAGGAAAUGUCGAAUCAUGGUCCCCGGCUGCACAGCCGCUCUCGUAGUUCAGAGAAUGA